UGGAAUCCUUCGGGGCGGAAACCGAAGGCUCGCGCCGCUGACGCCGGGUUGGGGGGGUCUCCGUCCUCGGACUGCGGGGGGCCACGCGCAGAGCGGAAGUGGGCCCUGGGGACAAGGGGGCGGACCGGAAGUGGGGCUCAGCCAGUAUCCAGGAUGCCACACAUUGAUAACGACAUCAAGUUAGACUUCAAGGAUGUCCUCCUGAGGCCCAAACGGAGUACUCUCAAAUCCCGCAAUGAGGUGGAUCUCCUGAGGUCUUUCGUAUUCCGUAACUCCAAGCAGACGUACACUGGGAUCCCCAUCAUUGCAGCCAACAUGGACACCGUGGGGACCUUUGAAAUGGCGAAGGUUCUGGGCAAGUUCUCUCUCUUCACCGCCAUCCACAAACACUAUAGCCUGGAUGAGUGGAAGGAAUUUGCAGCUCAGAAUCCAGAUUGUCUCCAGGCUGGGAAUGUCGUGACCGGCGAGAUGGUGGAAGAGCUCAUCCUGUCCGGAGCUGACAUCAUCAAAGUGGGAAUUGGACCAGGUUCAGUAUGCACCACCCGGAAGAAGACGGGGGUGGGCUACCCCCAACUCAGCGCCGUCAUGGAGUGCGCGGACGCUGCACAUGGCCUCAAUGGUCACAUCAUUUCGGAUGGAGGUUGCAGCUGCCCGGGGGACGUGGCCAAGGCUUUCGGUGCCGGGGCGGACUUUGUCAUGCUAGGGGGCAUGUUGGCCGGCCACACAGAAUCCGGGGGAGAUCUCAUUGAGAAGAACGGCCAGAAGUACAAGCUUUUCUACGGCAUGAGCUCCGAGGUGUCUAUGAAGAAGUACGCUGGAGGGGUUGCCGAAUACAGGGCUUCCGAAGGCAAGGUGGUGGAGGUGCCGUUCAAGGGCGACGUGGAGCACACGGUGAAAGACGUGCUGGGCGGCAUCCGUUCCACCUGCACCUACGUGGGGGCGGCCAAGCUGAAGGAGCUGAGCCGCCGCACCACCUUCAUCCGGGUCACCCAGCAAGCCAACCCCAUCUUUGGGGAUGAAAAGCAGUCCUGAGCACCCUGCUUCCCUGCCUACCUUCCCUACCCAAGGGGGGGGCGACUUUGGAGGACUCUUCACCCCCCAGAAAUGGGUGGCCGUGCGGUCUCCAGGGUUCCGGUGUGUGUGUGUGUAGCCCCUAAAAAUAAUUCCUGCAAACUCUUGUCGUCCACCUCAUUUCAGGACUGCCAGGGAGGGAUUGAGCGGCCACCGAAAGAGCAACUGGUUUGCAUUGAACAUACCCAGUUCCUCCCCAUAUCACACCGUCUGUCCCUCCAAGACCUUUUGUUUCAUUGAAUUCUUGGUUCAUUCCAGUGCAGGAUUGUUCCUCCUGCCCAGACUGGACAGGAGGAGCAGGUAUUCUGCUUUAUCAUGUUUACAUAGUCUUUUUUCCACUCUCUGUCUUUUCUUAAUGUUGGCGUCUGCAUUCCAGGAUUCCACACAAGUUUCUCGAAACCAACCCUGGAGGGAGCCCUAGUUCCACUUCCCCCUCCAUCCCCCGGAUAAGAGAGAGCGAGUUUUCCAUUCCUCUGCGACCCAAAGACAAAGACCCAUAGGAAAAAAAAAAUCACAGGAAAGCUUUGACAGUGUUUACUGAAUAAAGCUGAAUAAACAUGACUCGCAGGGUG